GACCGAUCCCUUCAAACCAUCUCCUCCGCCCUUCUUGUCAAGAUGCUCGCCACCAAGACUCUGCUCAUGCCAUUUGCGGCCCUCGCUCUGGCUUCGACCGUCAUCGGCCUCCCUCAACCUCAGACCAAUGAGAAAUCGAGCGCGGUCUUCCACCCGGUGGACCCCAACCAAGACCCAAACGUUCAACAGGGGCCAGACCUGCAGAUCUACAUCACCAGCGCCGAUGCUUACUGCUUAUUCCUGCCCGAGACGGAGAAUACGACCAUUGCGCAGAGUAUUCACCGCAACAAGGCCAUCUCUGCAUGCCGCAAGCCAUGGGCCCCGGAAGAACAGGUCCAGCUGGACGAUGGUUUCUUCACGACCAAUCAGUCGCAUCCCUUCGUCGACAACACCGCUGGCGUCGACCGUGGACGUCAGAUCCAUCUGUGGGGUUGCAUCAAUCCUUACUCGAUGCCCAACAACAUCGUCCCUACCGACAGCCGUGGUGGUGUUUACCACGGUCGUAUCCACGGCAACGAUCAGGUCCCCGCAAGAGGCGUCUGCCUUGGUUACGACCACUUCACCCAGUGGAUUAUCCCUGCCGCGGGUGUCAUCUCUUACAAGUGUUGCCAGGACCCCAUCGACUGUCCUCGCUGGGAUGUCGGAGGUGACAUUGGCAAGACCAUUCCCGAUAGCGGAUUCAUUCCGGCCGACUGCAAGAAACUCAUUCCAGGCGGUAACGCCGGCUCCCGACAGAGCGCGAGCGCAAGUUCGAAGAGCGCGUCCGUUGGUGGUGCACUGGCCGCCUUUGACGAAGACGGCAAGCCGAUUGCCGUGACCAGCUCGAAAUCCAAGAACGAGAACGAAGCAAAUGCUUGGGCGGAUGACGGGCACCACUGA